AUGGCACUACUUUUCAUGACAGUCAAAGGGAAAUCCGCUCAGUCAUCUCCAAUCCGACGGAUUUCUUUCCUCAUCAAUGCCUCUGAUCCACUUCCAUACAGAAGAAUACUCACUUGUGGCAGGCAGGAUGUUCUCUCUACCAUCAAAUCCACCUCUGCCGCUGCUGUCAUUGCCGCUGCCGACGCUGACGUAGAAGUGGAGAGCGGAGUCAAGGCCUCUGCUAACGAUGCCGAAUUGGAUAGUUCUGUCACUGUCGCCACCACCAGCGUGGCCCACCCAAGCCAGGCCUCUACUCCAGUCUCACCCCUUACUCUCCUCUUCGUCCCGCUUCUUGCGCAGUUUAACAUCCAUCUACACCUUCUCAUUCGAUGA